UCAUAAAGAGGUGAUACAACGAGCCACAACUUGAGAGUCAUUAUAUAGCCUACGACAUUUAAACAGUAUGCAAGUAUUCGUGAGUUUAAACUUGAACCUUUUCCGUUUGGAGUUAAGCAAGACGAUAUCUACUGACUUUGUCAGAGCGAAGCUUACAUGAAACUGAAAUUCCACUUACUUAUUUAUAUAUAUUGUCGAUAUUUGUAUUACCGUUCAUGAUGUGGAAGCUGCUGGCCUGUGUUUUCAUGGCCUCGACGCUGCAUGCGCGCGAUCUACGGAAGAGACACUCUACAUGCGCGCAACAGUGCGACCUGUCCCGCUGCUCAUCUUCUCUGGAGUUUUGUUAUUUCGGCGUGGUGAAGGACAGCUGUGGCUGCUGUUCGGUGUGUGCGGCGGGAGAGGGAGACUAUUGUGGAGAAGGUGGACUUGGAGUGUGCGGUGUGGGAAUGACCUGUGAAGCGCACAGUGCUGAACGCAGCACGUGCGUCUGCGACUCCCAAGAGCCCGUGUGCGGCAGCGACGGCAGGACUUACCCCAGCAUCUGUAGACUCAAAGCGGAGAACAGACGCGCUGAGAUGAGCGGCAUACCUGCUGUCAUUUUCAUCCAGAGAGGGCCCUGUGAGACUGGAUCUCGAAAUCCAAGCAGCAUGCGCUACAAAUUUAACUUCAUAGCAGAUGUGGUGGAUAAGAUCGCCCCUGCAGUGGUCCAUCUAGAACUCUUUAGUCGACUGCCUUUUUCCAACCAAGACGUCCCUGUGUCCAGUGGUUCAGGCUUUAUAGUGUCAGAGGACGGGUGGAUCGUCACUAACGCACACGUACUGUCUAAUAAGCAACGCAUCAAAGUGGAGCUGAAAAAUGGCAUGAUCUAUGAUGCCACAAUCAAAGAUGUGGAUCAGAAAAUAGACAUUGCUCUUAUCAAGAUCGACUCAGAGACUCCCCUCCCUGUGCUUUUACUUGGUCGUUCAUCAGACCUGAGGCCAGGGGAGUUUGUAGUGGCCGUAGGAAGCCCGUUUUCCCUUCAAAACACAGUGACCACCGGCAUCAUCAGCACUACCCACCGAGGAGGUCAUGAACUUGGCCUGCAGAACUCUGAUAUGGAGUACAUUCAAACAGAUGCCAUCAUUAAUUACGGCAACUCAGGAGGACCCCUUGUAAACUUGGAUGGGGAUGUCAUUGGCAUUAACACUCUGAAGGUAACACCAGGAAUAUCAUUUGCCAUUCCCUCAGACCGAAUACGGCAAUUCCUCGCAGAUUCCUACGAAAGACAAAGAAAAGGCAGAACACUGACAAAAAAGAAAUACAUGGGAGUGAGAAUGCUUCAACUUUCAGCUGCUUUGAUUAGGGAGCUCAGGGAGAAGGAGAGCAGCUUCCCUGAUGUGAGCUCAGGAGUGUAUGUGUAUGAGGUUAUUCCAGGGACAGCUGCCUUCAGCGCUGGCAUGCUUAACCAGGACGUGAUAAUCAGCAUUAAUGGACAACCAGUGUAUUCUACGGAAGAUGUGAGUCAGGCAGUACAGUCGAAUGAAAUUCUCUCUUUGAUGGUGCGGCGUGCUAAGAAAGAAAUCACACUAACAGUAGUUCCUGGAGAAGUGGACUGAUAAGAAUCACGCCUCUUAAAAUGAACUGAAUGAAAUGAGCAUUAUAAUGAUAACAGAUGAUAUCAUGAAGUGUUACAGCCCACUGAUGCAGUUUGAUACACACAUAUGCAGGUCUUUUGUGUAAGAACUGUUGUAUAUAUUCUUCUGACAGUGUUUGCCAUCUUUUUUGUUUAUUUUUUUAAGAGUUUUAAGUUGCAAAGUAUAUUUUAUGUUACUGUUAUUCAUUACCACUCAAAGGUGUAUGGGCAGUUCUUUUUUGUUCAGAACUACAUUGAGAAUAAUACGGUUUACGAAAUAAUGUUACAAUUUAAACAUUUAAAAAAUAGUUUUCAGCAUCAUUAUUCCAGUCAUUGAUGUCGCGUGAUAUUUCUAAUAAGCUAAUUUGGUGCUCAAAAACAUUUCUUUUUGUUCUCAAUGCUGAAAAGAGUUUGUGCUGCUUAAUAUUUUAUAGAAAAUGUGAUGCUUUUAAAACUCUUAAAAAAUAUAUAUAA